UUUGCUGAUCUUUUCGUUUAUUUGUUUUAUCCAAAUAAUUUCAAUGUUUGAUUAUUAUUAAUCCGAUUGGUUUAAUUUGAUUAGUUAAUCUUGGAUUAUGUUUUAUCCUGAUAGAGAGAAUCAAAGUUUUUUCAGUAAUUACUAUCAAGGGUAUCAUCAUUUUCAUCAUCAUCAACAACAACAACAUCAAACCCAACAAAAUGGACCAACAAUAUCAUCGUCAUCGUCAUCAUCAUCAUCAGCAUCAUUAAAUUAUCAAUUAUCAACAACACAAUCAACUGCUGUAAUAGUUGACAAAGUUUGGGAUCAACAAUCAAAUGAAAUGUUUUCAACUAAUCAAGAUUUGAUAUUAUCAGUUAAUCAUCAGCAUCACUCAAUCAAUGAUGAUGAUAAUAAUAAUGAUCAUCUUGAUGGUCAAUGUAAACUUAAUGAUGGACAGGUAAUUGUUGAUAAAGGUGAUAAUGAAGGUGAUCAACUGGUCAGUUCAAAGGAAAAACUUGAAUGCAAUGAAAUUAAUUGUGAAAAGUCAAUUGAAAUUAAUGAUAAUUGUGAUGAAAAUAAUAAUAAUGAUAAUAAUUUAAUGCAAAUAACAAAUGGACAUCAACAACUAUCAUCAAAUCAUCAUCAACACAAUUUACUUCAUCCACUAUUAUUACCUGAUUCUCAUCAUCAUCAACAUCAACAUCAACAUCAUCCUCACCUUCAUCAACAACAAUUAACUGUUAAUGAAUCUCAUGUGGAAAUAAAAUCUAUUUAUCUAGAAAAUAAUAAUGAUAAUAUAACCUCACUGGACAGAAUUGAGUCUUCAUCCAUUUCAACCACUUCUCCGGUAAUUCAUGAGCAAAUGUCAACACCGGCAUCAUCAUCAUCAUCAUCAUCAUCAAGCUCAUCUUCAUUAUCAUCAACAGCAACCACCAUAACUGAAUCUUCAUCAAAUACAAUCAAUCAGGUUAAUGAAUCAGGUAAAUCUCCUCCUUUACACCCUAAGCUUUGGGAGGUAAGAGCAACACUUGAGAUGAAGUGUCUAUGGGAUGAAUUCAAUGAACUUGGAACUGAAAUGAUCGUAACGAAGGCUGGAAGGAGGAUGUUUCCAACUUUUCAAGUUAAAUUGAAGGGAUUGAAUCUUGAUUGUGAUUACAUUUUAAUGAUGGAUUUCAUACCUGUUGAUGAGAAAAGGUAUCGAUAUGCAUUUCACAGUUCAAGCUGGAUUGUGGCUGGUAAAGCUGAUCCAUCGGCUCCACCUCGAAUUCAUAUUCACCCUGAUUCACCCGCCAAGGGUUCCCACUGGAUGAAACAAGUAAUUUCAUUUGAUAAAGUUAAAUUAACCAACAAUCAACUAGAUGACAAUGGACAUAUUAUAUUGAAUUCUAUGCAUCGAUUUCAACCUCGAUUCCAUGUAAUCUACCUGGCAACUAAUUCUGAUCAAUCUGAGUCGGAAAUUAAUUCUAAUUGUUAUGGAAUCGAUAAUUUUAAAACAUUCAUUUUCCCAGAAACUUCAUUCAUGGCAGUUACAGCUUAUCAGAAUCAUCGAAUUACACAAUUAAAAAUAGCCAGCAAUCCGUUUGCCAAAGGAUUUCGUGAUUGUGAUUUGGAUGAAUGCAGAUGAAAAAUCAAAUUGAAUCAAUUGAUUUCCAAGCCAAUCUAAUCAUCGGAUUCAAUUGCAAUUAAAUUUAAUCAACUAAUGAAUUAAUCAUUAAACAACAACAACAUUGAUCCAGGAAUUAAAGUAUCAUCACAAUUAAGUAACAAUCAGUAAAUCAUAUCAACUCCACAUCAAUUUAGUCAAUAACUUUUUCUCAAAGGAUCAAAUUUUCAAUGACAACAAUUAACUGAUUGAUUUUUAAAUUGAUCUAAACCAAUCAAUCUCAAUCUAAUAGUCAUCAAUUAAUUAGAAAUUAAUUAACCUCUCUCUCAAUUGAUUUAGAAAUGGAUUAACUGAAAAAUUGAGAUAUUAAAUUGUUGAAAGUUAAAUUGAUAAAAACAAUUAAAAAAAUGUAAAUAAAUCAACUAAUUAAUCCUGUAAAACAUUUAAUCAAAUUAAUUAAAUUACAAAUGAGAAAAGGAUACA